UCCGAUCCAAGUGCUCUUUGACAGCAGAAGUUCAUUUGCUCGCACUGCAAGCAAUUUUUUAUGUUGAAAGAUUAAUAGAUAUGCAAACAAAACAACGACAGCAAGAAGAUUUUCAAUAGUAGGAUUUGUUUUUCAAUAAAAGUUAUCAUGUUUAAGAUGUAGAUUAUUCAGUCAGUUCUCCGAAAAAAGCAGUACAAUGAUUCGGUCGCGUUCAAUCAUUUAUUAAUAGCUACAUUAUGCUCAUGCUACGACGGCCUCAGCAGUGCUUUGUCUUGUUUGCUUAAGUGGGCUUCUUCUACCGAAGCUGUUGCAGUGAUUAUAAAUGAAAUGGUUCGGUGAAAAUAUGUCGAAGCCGUUGAAUGGUAAACGAGCAGCAGGUUUCGGCUGAUAAGAAUAGCUCUCGGAAUAGCAAGCUGAUGUUGCCGUAUUAGAAGAAACCGAAAACGAAUCGCUGUCAUUCGGGCUCACCCAGUUUUAUCUGUUCGGGUGUGGGUUCUAAUUGAAAAGUGCGCCUGAAGGCAGUGAUUUCAUCCAAACCGUAAACAGCCCCCCGUCAGCCGAAGACGGAAACCUGAACCGAGAAAAACAAGUGAUAAAGUGCUUAAUUAGUAGUUGCCGGCAAGCGUGUAAACUAUCUGUUCCCGCAACGAACGGAUCUAUUUCGGAAAAAUUGAAAACCAAGAAAAAAAAGGGUGGACACAGGAUGGAUUUGGCAAAUCUCUUUCUCUUCUGCCUGAUGUCCUGCGUGAUUGGCGCCGUGCUGAUGCUGUUAAUACAGUACUACGCGUUCGUGCGAUAUUUCCACCUGCCGGAACUGAGCGACGAGCAGGAACAGUACCGGAAGUCAGCCUUCAGCGAACCCUACGUGCUCCCGGAUACACUGUUAGCCAGCAUUAAAGCGCCGGAUGCCGAGAGUAAAUCGACCAUAAUGGCCAUUAACUUAAUACUGCAAUUCCUAUACUUCGAACUGCGCCAUUCGAACCGCGUUCGGAAGUGGUUCCACCGGAAGCUGUCACUCGAGCUGGAUGAAUUAAUCAGUAAAACCACCACCGGAAAACUGUUCGACAAGCUGUCGAUUCGAGACCUCGAUUUGGGCAAUCAGUUCCCGGAAAUAAAAAACUUUCGACUUCACCAGGUUGAGCUGCAUCCCGAGGAAGAUCAUAUUGAGAGUCUAGACGUUCUGCUAGAUUUACACUACGAGGGACAUUUUCGGUUGUCUAUCGACGCUGAUAUGGUACUCGGCAAAAAAGGGUCACUGGAUUUGAAAGUCAAACAGGUGUCUGGUAUCGCCCGGCUACAGUUUACACGCAAACCAUACACCCAUUGGUCUCUGAGCUUCGUUGGUGAUCCGAAGGUGGAUUUAGAGGUGCAAUCGCAGUUCCAAGGACGUCAAAUGCAAUCAAACGUUUCGAGCUUAAUAUCCAAUCAAAUUCGUAAGGCAAUACGACGGAAACACACUCUCCCUAACUAUAAGCUGAGGUACAAACCGUUCUUCCACCGCGUAGAGGAAGACUACGAUUUGAACGAAAUUGUCCCGAACGGAACGCUGGAAGUCACCGUAGAGGAAAUCAGCCGCUUGAAUACCGCAUCAAGAUUGACUCACGUCUACUGCACCCUGACGCUGGCUCACAUGCCCUGGGUAUUUGCCAGACAGCAGGAUGACAAUAAUCUGAUCGUUUCACUCGAUGUUGAAAUUCACAAAGCUAAAAAUCAACAGAUCGGAAUCGUGUUCAAGCAACAGGAUCAGUUUGUCACCAUCGAAGCGGUCAUACCAAACACACCGGCGUCGAAGGCGGAACUUAAGCGUGGAGAUCUGCUACUCUCGAUUCAAGGGAAGCGAGUCACAACCAUCAAUCAGGUCGCCAAAGUUAUGAAAUCUCUGAACAGACCCAUGUUUGUGCUGCGCAUCGAGCGUAUUGUUUCCGGUACGAUCAAGAAUGACGGUUUGCUGGAUGAUUUGGAAGACUACGAGGAAAUUGACCCGAAUUUGAAUAUAAGUUUCACUAAAAAUUUGGACAACGUUCAGAUCGGCUCUAGCAUUGCUAAAGAGAAGGCAAAAGUUUCCCGGCGAAGUUCAAAGGAAAGCGGUGGAGAAUCCAGCCAUUCAAAUACGCCUGGCAAUACACCAGUGAAGCGUCCGGAAUCAAAGAAAGAAGAUCAAACAUCCGGGAAAUCGUCGGAAAAUGAUACGUCAUCAGCAGCUAGUAGAAAAUCACUUGGGGAUAGUUUCCCCCAGCACGCAUCGGUAGAUUGUGAGUUUAACUCCUUCAUACGAAUGGGGGAUUUGUGUAAUUUCCAAUUGAUGGAACAGUUUUCGUACUUAAAUGUUAAUGUAUUUGGAAAAAGUAGUGACGAGCAUCGAUUACUCGGUUAUUUGAAUAUACCUGUAAACAGUAUUCUGCUGGAAUGUAAUGAAUCUCUACUAGGGCACCAUUUGAAGAAGUAUCCUUUGCUUCCACCGGAAGCAAUUGAUGUAUCAAGCCAUCCGCUCUCUAUGCAGUCAGGAUUCGAUCAGAACUAUUGCUACGGAGAUAUCUUGAUGUCAUUUGUUUGGAGUGGCACGGCCAUUUCCGCAGGAAAUAGCAGUAUCUCCAUGAAAAGUAGCACGGAAAAUAUUAAAAAGCUCAAACUGAUCAGUAUUAGCCGGGGUUCGGCCGACAAGAUGGAUGACAAUGACAAAAGUGAUUCUCCGGUCGACUCGAAAACCCCAUCACAGCAAACCUCACAGACAUCACAACAGCAUGACUUCAUUCGAACGCAUUUCCAUCGGACCACACAAUGCGAUUACUGUGGCAAGAAGAUUUGGCUCAAGGACGCUGUCCAGUGCCGUGACUGUGCCAUGUGUUGCCACAAGAAGUGUAUCAAUAAGUGUCAAAGCUCCACGGUUUGCAAUGUCGGCGAUGCAGCACCGACAAUUCCUCUAACAAGUUCUCAACCAGAAUUUCGCGUGACUGAAGCGGAUUCUCCUACAAUCGAGAUUGAGGACUUCGUCGAUAUUGUCGAAGAGGAACAACAACAGCAGGCAGCUAAGUCUCGACUGGAAUCCCAUCGUCAGAGUUUCAGCGAUCUACUGACACAAGGAUUGAAACGAGUGAAUUCAGUAAACAAUCUGGCAAUUCCAAUGGUUUCUUCCAUGAACCAAAGUAGCAAAAGUUUACCCCCGACACCACAGCAAACACCGCGUAAACAAUCACUUGCCGGCAUAAACCCCAAUCCUUUUACGGUCGUAGUACAGCGAUUGGAAGGCCUACCGGAAGAUCUCACAGACCUACAGAUGGAACAGAUAGUGGAAUUGGUCGCACCGUUGAUUGAGUAUGGCUCUUCUGACACGCUGAUGUCGCUGGCUAAAAGUUCCAGUAAAGCAAUCUACGCCGAGUACGAGUCAGAUGUGCGAACCGAGAAGAUCAACAAGCUGCUUUCCAAGCUGCAUAUCGCACUGGACUGCGAAACUCUGAACCAAUCGGUAUUAAGCACCGCCAAGGGUGAUUGCACCAAAGAGGACGAGAAACCGAAAAGCUCUGUUCAAACACCAGACGGCACCCGAUCGGCCUUCCUGGCGGGUCAAUCGGAGGAACGCGUCCAGGCGCUAAGCAUUUUGAUGCUUCACUUGUGCUCCGGUUUGCAGCAUGCCCAGGGUAAUCUAAAUCAAUGAGAAUACCGCUUGCUUCGGCAGCUCUCGCUAGGGUCUCUGCUAGAGCCAUCCACCCUGGUGGACCUUCUACCAGAGGGCGCUUUAUUGCAGGGGGAGAACGCAGAAGCAGACGAACGAUUCAAUAGAUCCUUCAUUGCUGGCGGUUCGAAUGGUCGGAAAAGUCCUUUUCGCUCACGGCGGCUCACGUCGUGCCGCAAACGAGCGAUGGGCCUUUUCCAACGUUCCGCUAGUGUUAGCAGCGCUAGAAGUGGUAAUUGUAAGAGCAACGCCAAUCGAUGGCUCACUCCCACAUACCAAAACACCUGAAUCCACAUUCCACAUAGUAAACAGAAUCAUGCCCCCCCUGCUUGACAAGGAUUUACGCUGCUUUUUGAUCAACGGACCCGUAGCAUUUGUCGUAGCAGCUUAGCGAAACAUGUAGUUCAAAGCAUCAACCCAAAAGCACACCACAUUCCCCGUUGGACGAUCAAAUAACACCAAACCAAUGGUUUAAAAGCACCCUCAUUAGAUAAUGUUAGUUGGCAACAUCUGUCAGGGAGACCGAAGUACGGUGAAUACAUUUAGCACGCGAUUAUGAGCUUUUGGAAUGCAAUCAUUUCUGCAUAAUUAUGUGUGGUUUUAUAGUAUUUACUUCUCGAUAAGCUGAUGAUAACUCUCAGUGAGUAGAAGAGUGGUUAAGCCAUAACUGUAUGUUUUCCGUUGCUCGGUCACCCAUGGAUGAGCGAUUGUGCACGUCUAAGCUGAACGGUUCUAGCGAAAAAAAAAGAAAACAUUAUUUGCGUUUAGAAUAAGUGAUAUGUUUUGCAACCCAGCUUCCAUAGUAUUAAUGAGACCAAUGUCAAAACUAAAAGUGUGAUCUCCAUAAAUAGUUCGCUCCGGUCGUGAAUACUACUUACCUACGAAACUAACACUAUUUUUCCAUUAGGAUCCAUCUCAUCCCCCUGGGAGAGGGAACUGUUCCGGCGGAUGGGCGCAGGGUUACCGCGAGAAUCGUUCUUCUGAAUCAACUACAACUUGACUAUACUCAAAUAUACCUAUUCUCGUAUUUUUCGAGUUGAGUAAGGACACUGCUCUAGACAGCAGAAACCAAUGCACUACACUUAUAAACAGCAGCGCUAACACAUCAAUCAACUAUAAGCGGUUUUUAUCAUACUUCCGCAAACCUUUGAUGUAGAAGGUAUCAAAAUUCCCUUGGCAGCAGAAAAAAAAUCGCUUACAUACACUACACGAAACCCGCUUCACAUACGCAGUUGUUUUACAAAACUAGUCAAUAUACAUGACUUUAUUGAUUGAAUUGAUAGGAUCAGACAUAUACAAUUAUACAUCCAUUUCGACUUACUUCUGCAGUCUCGGCUGCGCGUGCAAAGUGUUUUAAGCAAGGUUGAACUAUUUGGUGGCAACAGAGUAUUGAAAGUAUAUAAAAGAAAUACAAGUUUCAUGAAAAUAAAUGAAAAUUGUAAACAGAAUAAA